UUCCGCUGUGUGUGCCGGCUCUUUGCCCACUUGGCACGAGCUCUGCCCUGGCUCUGUCAAGCAGGGGGCAGUCUUAAGCGGGCCCUGGAAGGAAGGGCGGGUACUGACCCUGACCGUUCCUCCCCAGCCGCGAAGCUGCAGUCCCGGCAGGGGAGGGAAGGUGGGGGCGGGGCAGCCAUUGUCCCCACCCCUGGGAGGGGCCUUCAGGGUCCCGAGGGGAAUUCCUGUAGGAGGAGUCAGGCUGGCUGGCCUACCCACAAGGCUGCUCCCCGGAGUCCGUCUGUCUGUCCGUCGCUUGCGAACUCCGGGGGUGGGCUGUGGCCACGUCCCAGCCGGGGCAGAUCCGGUGAAGACGGCACCCGCGGGCCCAAGAAACUCCCGGAACCCGCACAAGCGCCAGGGCCCGAGCGACGUUGGCUUUCCAGGGUGGGGCACGGAGCUGGGCGCUGGGACCAGGCUGCGGCCGCUUUGAGGUCAGUGCUAGACCCUGCCCCUGCGCAGAGGGCCACACUGACCUUCACAGCCCCAACCACCCUGGUCGCCACCCUGGGGACCCCGCCCACCCACCCGGACUCCUGUCCCAGGGCCCCUACUCAUGGCCCCUGUGACCUUAGCUCUGGACUCCCCGGUCUGCCUUCAGCCUCUCUGGGCCCUGAGUGCCUAGCGCCCCCACUCCAGGUGCUGGCAGAUGAAGAGUUGGACGGCAGGGUUCCUAGGAACCCCCAGGGUGCUGGGGCUCUAGACAGUGAGCCCCUGCUGGGGGCCACAGCCACAGCCUGCUCCUGGGCUGGGCAAGCGAGGGAGGAUGUGUCUGGGGAGCAGGCAGGGGAGUGGGGGGAGGAGGAGUGCCCCAUCUGCACAGAGCCCUACGGGCCCCGCGAGCACCGCCUGGCCCUGCUGAACUGCGGCCACGGCCUGUGCACGGGCUGCCUGCACCAGCUGCUGGGCACAGCCCCCAGCGCCAGCCUGGGCCAGGUGUGCUGCCCACUGUGUCGCCAGAAGACGCCCAUGCUCGAGUGGGAGAUCUGCCGGCUACAGGAGGAACUGUUGCAGGCAGACGGGCCCCAGGGCCCACGGCCCCCUACCCCCCCUGCUCCGCCCCGCCGGGGCCCUGGGCCCUGGGCCUCCCUAGAGCAUCGCUACCAGCUGCGCUUCCUGGCGGGGCCCGUGGGCAGCCAGGGCUGCCUGCCCUUCCUGCCCUGCCCGCCCUGCCUGGGCACCCGGCUCUGGGCCUUGCGGGAACGAGGGCCCUGUGCCCGCCGCCUAGCACUACUGGGCCUGCUGGCCCUUGAACUGGUGGGCCUGCUGCUCAUCUUCGCACCGCUCAUGCUGCUGGGGCUGCUCUUCGUGCUGCUGGACCGCUCCGGCCACUGAGCAGGGCCUAUCAUACCCGCCACUGGCACCAUGGGGCCCUCAGAUGGUGCUGGCCACCAGUGGGCCACGAGACCCAGGCUGGCCCCGAGGCCUGAGGACCAAACUGAGCAGCCCAAGAUGGAGCCGGGCACUAGCCUUUAGUCCAGACCCAGGCUUGGGGCCAGGCCGACCCAGGAGCUGGAGACGUCAAACCACCCUGCCGCCCAGACGCUAACUACUGGUGCCCACGGACGGUGCUGGAGGAGGCCUGUGGCCGGGCCCCACACGGACAGCUGUCUUCACACCCCUCUCCCGGCCCCACCAACCUGUCUGCAGGAGGGACACAGUGGACGUGAAAGCGAACCCAGAAGGCUGUCGUGUAACAGAUAAGGGCCAGCGCAUAUUCCCUGAAGGUCAGGGCGGCAGAGGGGAGGGGCCCUUGCUGCGCCAGCUCAGGCCGCAGUUUCCUCACUCACUGGGUCAGGACCCAGGGGGUGGCCCGAGCGGCCAGGCCUCCAGCACAUGUCCCUGAAUGACUAGGCCUUGGGGCUGGAUGGCACUGACCUGAGGCCCGAGUGCCCUGUAACCUCCUGUCAUUGAGCUUGGGGCCUUUAUCUACAGGACAGACACAAUCAGCACGACCUCACGGGUUUGUGGGGGACAGGCUGAGUGCUGUGCUUAGCACAAGAAAUGGCUGUCAGUACACGGCAGCUGCUGAGACCUCUCCACCGUGUUCUUGUCGUCUCUAUCCCUUCAUCAGCCCCCUGCGGCUCUCCCCAACCCUCCUCUCCUCCCCCCUCCACCACAGAGCUUCCUCCCCAAAUCCAGGUAGUGGAGUACAAGAUUGAAGGCCCCUGGGUCCCCACCAUGGUCUCAGCCAGCCUUUGUCUCAACCCUGGCUCCGACUAGCUCAAAAGCCAUUCCCGUACAACUUCAGAGGGUCCGGUGGGUACCAGGAGCCUGACAGACGGAGAUGUCCCCCGUCCAGCUGCCCCCACAUCCAGUGGCCAGUGCAGAGGGUACGUCCGCCCUUUGCCCGCACACAGGAGGCUGGCUGGCUCUGCACAGAUGUGUGCGGCAUUCGCACACGCACACACACACACACACACAACCAGGCCCAGCCCUCCUGAGCGGUGCGCCUGGCCCGGCCUGGUCGUUGCCCAGCAGAGCAAGCCUACCCGGCGCAGCACUGGGCCUACCUCUGGUGGCUCCAGGCUGGACCCUGUCUGGGCCGCAGCCCUGGGCACAGGCCACAAGAGCAGGCUUCAGUCCAGGGAACAAGGUGCAAACUUUGGCAAAGAGUUUUAA